AGGAACCUCACGUAGUCCAACAGCUUCUGCGGGCAAGAAGUGGACUGUACCGUGGAUUUCAGAGCAUCAGAGGUUAUUACCACGGUUCACAUGGGAAGAAUACCGAAGAGAAAUAGGGUUCCACCUGUUUGAAUAAAUCUGCGGGAUCUGAAAGAAGUUCUGAUGCUGAGAUAGUAGUGAGAUCUACUUCUUCAUAGAUCCGACUCCCUGAUGUCCAUGGAACCUUUGUGACUGCAGCAUUUAGUUCCACGUCGUCAAAAUGAUCUCCACCCAGAGAUUAUAGUUCAUCCUUCCUCCAUUGGAGGGCCACUGUUAAGAGGGGAGGGGGAGGGUAAAGGAGCCUCCUGUCAUCAAAGAAAGAGCUUCAGAGCGUGCUGGUGAAAGCGAAGGGAACCAUGUAGUGUCUUUUUCUCCACUCAGGGGGGAGGGUAGAUUUGAGUUUAGUUUUUUCCCCAUUGAUUUUAGUGUAAAAGUGUUUCAUGUGAGCCAGAGAAGAGAUGGUCCUCCACACCUCUCCCUACUCUAGUGCCUUCCUACGGUGCCUCAGCAGCCUGUCAUGGGGCUUCAUCUUCCCCUGCUACUGGCUGCUGGACCGCCUGCUGUCCUCCUGCGUGGCAACCUCUCUGGAGAAGCGUCGGCGCUCCCAGGACCCCUGUUCCUUCGUGACGCUGUAUGUGCUGGUGUCCACCCCGCUCUACCUGUUGCUCCUCCUGGCCUCGCUGCCCUUCGCUCUGCUGGGCUUCCUGCUGUGGGCUACCCUGCAGGCGGCCCGCCAUCCCUAUCUCUACACCCACCGCCGCCCAGACAAGCACCAGGCUGAGCAGGGGGGUGUGGCGUCACUGGCCGACUGGAGACCGCAGGGCCGCAGCUUCUGCUUCGGCAGUUCCAACGUGUGCCUACUGCCAGACUCCCUGGCACGCUUCAACAACCUGUCUGAGACCCAGCGCCGUGCACGCGAGGUGGGCAAGCGCAUCCGUAACGGGGCCAGCAGGCCGCAGAUCAAGAUAUACAUCGACUCCCCCACCAACACCUCCAUCAGCGCCACCUCCUUCAGCAGCCUGGUCACAGGGUUCCGACGGACAUCCUCCCUGGGCCAGCGGCCCGACAACACAGCCGAGGCCGAGACCGAACCCGUAACCGACUGCCCAAUACACACUGCAGGUUCAGACUGCCCAUUACACACCACAGGUCCAAACUGCCCCAUACACUCAACAGGGGACCAGGGCUCCUCAGAUUGUCCCGUCCAUGUAGCUGGUGGAGAGAACACACCAGAGUGCCCCCUUCACACUGCUGGUUCUCAGAACAGCUCUGACUGUCCACUGCACACCACAGGGGCCCAGAACUCCCCAGACUGCCCCAUGCAUGCCUCGGGGGUCCAGAUCAGUAUCAGUGCCCCAGAGCCAGACCCCCCAGAGGCCGGGACAGGGAAUCACCAAAGGGAAGGUGAUGCAGAGAGCCUGACAGGGGGGGUGUCUUCUAACAACACCCUGUCCCACCGCACUUCCAUGUUCAAGAAGCACACCGGUCGCAAGCGGCGCCARGGUGACGACGGAUUCGACCAUGAGAUCUCUGCCUUCUUCCCUGCCAACCUGGACUUCCUGUGUCUGCAGGAAGUGUUUGACCACCGGGCCAUGUCCAGGCUGAGGCACCAGCUGCACCACUACUUCCCCUACAUCCUGAGUGAUGUGGGCCGCUACGCCUGGAAGGGCUGCUGCUCCCACUUCAAGUUCCUGAACAGCGGCRUCAUGCUGGCCAGCCGCUAUCCCAUACUGGAUGCCCACUACGAGUGCUACCCCAACGGGCGAGGGGAAGACGCCCUUGCAGCCAAAGGAGUCCUCUUUGUCAAGGUGCAGGUAGGCACCUCCCAUCAGGAGCAAAGAGUUGUGGGAUAUCUCACCUGCACACAUCUGCAUGCCAUUGAAGGAGAUGCAGCUGUGCGUUGUGAGCAGUUGGAUCUGCUCUUGGCGUGGGGGGCGGAGUUCCGCAAGAUGACGUCCCGCCCCUCGGAGGAGAAGGGUCUGGAAGACCAGGUGGCCUUUGAUGUUGUCCUCGGCGACCUCAAUUUUGACAACUGCUCCUCAGAGGAUAAACUGGAGCAGCAGCAUGCCGUCUUCACCCAGUACAAGGACCCAUGUCGCCUGGGGCCAGGGGAGGACAAGCCUUGGGCUCUGGGUACACUACUGGACACCAGUGGGCUUUAUGACGAGGAGGUCAGUUCACCAGAGAGUUUACAAAAAGUGAUGGAGAAUGAGGAGGGGAGGAAGGAAUACUUGGUGUUCCCCACCAAUAAAAACCAAUGUCCUAAUCAGAAGGGCAGAAAAAUCCCCCUGAAAGGCAAUGGGAGGAGGAUCGACUACAUCCUUUACAGAGAGGAGGUGCAGCAGGACUGGAAAGUGGACAUUGAAGAGUUCAGCUUCAUCACCCAGCUAGCCGGCCUCACUGACCACCUGUCUGUGGCCAUGCGUCUGGCUGUGUCCACUGGAGAGGAGGAACCUUAGAAUGGGGAGGGAAGAGAGAGAGAGAGAACGAAAGGGACUCAGGCCUGAGAAAUACAGAGCUUAACAAAGAAAAUAAAGAUGGAUGUAAAGAGGAAGAAAGAGAAGAGCAGAUACAGAGGAAUCAUGUGAUCCAGAUGGAACCUGAUGGAGAGAGAAAGGAGUGGUUGUUGUGUGUGUCAGAGGUCUGGACUGGGCCUAAUGUGGACCUGAGAGACUGAGCCAAAGACUUAAACACACAGACAGUUUCAGUUUGACUCACGCACCUACAGGCCACCGUACUGUAUCACCUCUGGUCCUCAUGGACUAUCAGCUCCCUGAUGAUGGAGUCCCAAUGAUUGAUUUACUAUAAAUAAUUUCCUGUAUUUAGGGACUAUUUUGUUUUUAGGCCUCAUUUAUGUCUGACCUUUUUAUGUUUUUACCUUUUGGGCUCGGAAGUGUCAAAUCUUUGUUCUUUAUUUCUAUGAUAAAAAAUGGCAACAUGAGACUUCUCUUGACUCAUGCAAUCUAGAGUGUAGCCUGGCUUUCUAUGGCCCUCUGUGUUUCUCUGUUGGUGUUUGUUCCUGUCAAUUGAAGGAACCUCAGCAAAAAUUACUUUUUUUCUAACUCUUUCUAAAGGUUUCUAUGGUCACUGCACCAUCUUUGUAGGGAGUUUAAACACCUGCAUUUAAUACUUUACAUUUAUAAUGGAGGAGUUGUAUGAAAACCAACAUCUUUGACUGAAAAGGGAUGUUUUUGGGGCCACCACUUACAGGCAUCUCAUGUUUCAGUGGCGGUUGGUUGGUAGGUUGUUUGGCAGAGCUGAGAAGUGAGGAACACCUGAUAUGAUUAGAUAAGAGGAACAUAGUUAGGAAGGCCUGGGUGGGGAAGUGGGGGGUUUCUGCAUGGAGAGGGGAAUGAGGAUUUCAGACUUCAAUCCCUCGAUAAGAGACUGUUUAGGUUGGAAGCCUGGUCUCCAGGGCGAUAAGCAUGUUCCCUUGACGAUACAACCUCAAAUACUGCCAAUGCAAUGUUUCUGCAUGAAAUUCCACCCUGCCAAUACCCACAAACACACACAUUACAGACAGACACAGAUGGCACUCCUGCCUGCCUCGUUUGUGAUCACACCUUUUUACUCUCUCACCUGUUCUAGCAGUAUAGUAUUGACUCUGUUGCUAUUGCUGGCUGUACAAGACGAUAAGGGAUGUGCCUAUGUGUGCAGGGCUGGCUUUGGGAUAUGUGACGACCCCAUGUCCCCCUUUAGCAUGGUGCAGUAUUUAUAAAGCUUAUUCCUGGUUGUGGCCACAGCAGAGGCGAAUGUUUACACACCUGAUUAUUCGUUUCUGGUCAGUGAGUAAGCCUGGUCAGUCAGAAUAUCUCUGUACUUUACUAGCUAUGUAAGUAUAGUACCAUUCAAAAGUUUGGACAUACCC